AUGAGACUCCUUACCAUCCUGCUGCUAGCCAGCCUGGCCUCGGCCGCCCCUGCUGUCUUUCCAGGGCUAGAAGAUGAAUUUCUUCUGGAGCCUGAGCACAUAGACACCUUUUCUGAGCUCUUCCCCAGCAGCCACCCCAGGAAGAACCAGGUCUCCAAGGAGGACCUUGCUAAGGAGGUGUUCAUCUCCACAGAAGAGUUGGUUUCCGAAGAGAAUCCGAUGAAAGAAUCCAUAAAGCCAAAGAGCCAAAAGCUCAAGGUGCCCAACUCCACACCCCGAGAGGACCAAGACAUGAAUACUGAGCUGCAAACAGAAGCAACUACAGAGCUGCCUGCCAUGACUGCAACCACCUCAGAGGGAAAACUGGCCAAGCUUGGCCACAAGAUUGGGAAGGAUCUGGACCAAACGGUGAAAGGAAUCCUAAACUAUCUGGGAAAUCUAGUCCCCGAUGCCGGCGUCAUGAAGCUAUGA